AUCGACGCCGCUCUCGGCACUUGACACUUUUAACGAGUUUAUCAAGUCACGCGAGUUCGUUUACCAGAUUUUUAGUGUCGCGGAUUAUCCUUCGACGCCGGAGCUGUUCGACCAUUGUUUUUACGUGGCAAUAAUGAAAACGAUUUGAAAAGAAAAACAAUAAUGACGCUCUGCAGAGCUCAAAUAAACAACGAGGGUCUAAAAAACGCGGCGCUUUCGUGUCCCCACUUGGAUGGAAUUCCGAAGCUACGAGCAUGUGAGAACAAUGAAAAUUUCGCGAAUCCGCUCUUGAUCGACGUUCGAAUCCCCGUGGAAAAGUUUGAUCAAAAGACUCGGUAGAGAGUCUCGGGACAAAUACGUUGACAGCCCUCUCGUCUGUUGAUUAUUUUCUGGAAAGAACUGCACAAUGCUGACCGAAGCGAGGAACAAUACCUCCGUGAAAAUUCGCUGGGAUUAGGAUUCUGAAGUUUAGUUUUUAGUGCGUAAAAAUUCUUCAUUCCCUCGAAGGACUUGAGAUAAGAAUAAUUUUCGAGAUGUACCGAGAAAAGUCGCCGCGUUUACCUGGCCAAUUCAUCAUGAAGUGACACUACGAGGACAAAGAUGCAAUUUAUCGGGUAAAUAGCGAGUUGCACGUGUGCGAAGGGCAAACGGAAUCGUCACGGUUGUGUUGAAAUAAGAGGUUUAACUGAAAGUGGUGUAUUAAGUAAUAAUUCAAGAAGAAGAAGACGCGCGAUGAGAAGAAUUCCUUUGCGACGGGAUUGCGCCAGCUCCCAAUGACGACGAUGAGUCCCCGUCAUCAGCUGGAGCUUCCUGAUUGGCCGUAAGGCGGCGAGAGUGAUUGGAACGUACGAGAAAAUCUUAGCAAACAAGUGCCAGGUGAUUAACGACGCGGAAAUAGCGUGUACUGAUCCAGAAUUAUUUCGAGGCAUCGGAUGAGCGGCAUUCCGUCGUUGAGUGACAGAUCAGAGCGAGAGGAAGCCCAAGGAAAGAAAGAAAACGUGCGAGAUGAAAGAGCCUCGGAAGCGAAGGAGCGAGGGAGACGGAGAGAGUCACGCGUAAAGAAAGAAAACUCUCGCUCGCAAUCGUUAUCUCUUGACAACAAACAAACAAUCUCGGUUGAGGAUACAAAACUAUUAGCCUAAGACGAGAUAGCGUUCGGUGGGAAGAUAACUUUGGCGUCUGACACCAAAUGAGUUUGCAUUAAGAGCAAUCGCGACAGUGUGUACGAGGCCAAGGAGAGAGUCGCAGUUCGAAGUGCUCGAUACUGGUAAAAAUAAAUAGACACACCGGUGCUUAGUAGACGCGAUCGGUUAAAGCGUGAAACGGGAUCGUUAACAAGAACGAUGGCAAUGUCCAAGGUCGUAAGCAAGGUCGUACCAUUUCGUUAAUGCGAAUCGAAGAAAGUGUCGAAUCUCCAGUGACUCGUUAAUUCGAGCGUCGUUUCUUGGGUGUCGCAUCGAUAAAACGGGGUGAAGGUUGGCGCGAGCGCGUCGGAGCCCGCGUAUCGUCAUUGCGAACAGCGUGAACCGGGUGAUUGUGAGAUAAAUAAAUGGAAUCGAGUUACGGAAGCUUGAUAAAUGUUUGAUCUAACGCCAAUGAAAAUGGACGUAAAUUCGAUGAUCGGCUCUAACGCCUCGUGCGACGGAUGCGCCGACAGUGAUCGGGACUCGGACAGCAGCGGUAUGAUCGUCGAUCCCGUGAGCCUCGACAAGCACGUGAACAUAGGACGCUCGGCGCAUCCUAUUCUGCCCUUGUCGCCGGGUCUGCCGCGGAAUCGUAGCAAAAGCGUAAAGAGAAAGUACUCGAUGAUAUCGACAUCCUCGAGCGCGUCGUCGGGAGCAAAGUGUUCCGCAAACCCCCAAACUUCUUCGUACCCCCCCAACGAGGGGAAGUUGCCCGGCACACACAUAAAGCCACCUUAUUCGUACAUAGCGUUAAUAACCAUGGCGAUACUGCAAUCGCCCCAGAAGAAGCUAACCCUGAGCGGUAUCUGCGAGUUCAUAAUGGCGAGGUUUCCUUACUACCACGACAAAUUUCCAGCGUGGCAAAACUCCAUAAGGCACAAUUUGUCGCUGAACGAUUGUUUCGUCAAGAUACCGCGGGAGCCGGGUAACCCGGGCAAAGGGAACUACUGGACGCUGGAUCCUCUCGCAGAAGACAUGUUCGACAACGGGAGCUUUCUCAGGCGUCGCAAGAGGUACAAAAGGCCACCGCCUCACUACGUUUUACGGGAUCGAGCGAUAAUGGCUACUUUUGCGAUUUGCGGCGGUCCCGGAGCCGUCGGCGGUGGCGAACGAGGCGUCUGCCCCGCCGGUCUCGGCCACCCGGGCUCAGCGGGUAUUCACUAUCCGGCGGCGGCGGCCGCCGCCGCCGCUGCUUAUCUCUCGCAGCAAGGACCCCCGGGCCUGCCGCUUCUCAACUUCCCACCAUCGGCCCUGGAAGCCCUCAAACUCGGCGGGUUCCCCGAGCCACCGCCGUCGCUCUACAAACCCGUCGCCAUAGCGGCGCCUCCGAUGAGACAAGCCCAAAAUCAUCACUACCACGACCAUCAUCAUCAUCACCAGCAACAGCAGCAUCACCAGCAGCAACAGAGCAUCGCAUCACCCACGGGAAGGAUGAGCUUCGUGUCCGGCAGAAGCUCAACUUCCCUCGAGAAGAAACAGAGCUUCAGCAUAGACGCGCUCAUCGGGAAACAAGCCGUAACUACCGAGCACACGAUCGUCGGCGGAUUGCUCGACCUCAGCCCGUCGGAGCACCGCGAAAUAAGGAGUCAGACCUCGGCGUUUUCUCCUCUCGUCUAAUCCACCACCACCGUGCAAUCAUCCAUCGCGAGACUCUGAUCGGAACACCUGGACCUAGGCGGCCUCCAAGCCGUGAGGAAUGUCACAACUGUCCACUGCAUUCUCAAAAGCUUCUUCCGAUGGCGACUCUGAAGUGAGAAGAAGUUGGCCAAUCCUGGGGACAAGCGCGUCUUUGCCUUUGUCCUUUGAAAAUGAUAUUUUCGUUGUACCUCAUCGUUGUCAAAGAUGUUAAAACGACUCGAUAUAUUCAGGUUAAACAGCAUUGUAAAGGACGAGAAACCUUGAAUAUUAUAUUCCCUGGCUCGAAAGCAUAAAUUGAGGCAAAUAAUGGUUUUUUUUCGAAAGUCGAUACCGCGAGAUUCGCUUUCCAGUGGGUCACUGAAAACACUUGACCCAAACUUUGGCAUUGAAUCCUCAUUUUUAUACUCGCCGUACACCACGCGAUUGGCAAGCAACAAAAAAUUCAUGGAAAGGAUUUCUAGAGGGUAAAAAUGACAGCGGAAUAGAGAAUGUACGUGAGACUCGAAUGCACCGCUGGGUUCGUGUACCCAUAAGCGAUGGGGAAGAGCAGGUUACUCGAUUUUCGUCGUAAGUUUUAUCGAUGAAGCCAGCACAGAGCAAUAACAGCAUUGUAAAUACAGCAACCACGAUUUCACGUGUGUGUGCAUACCACUUGAUUUUGAGGGUGGGAGGAGGAUUCUCCUUUUUUCUUCUUUGGUCCAUUGGCAUUCUCCCUUGGUGUUGAAUAAAGAGCUCAGGCAAAAGGGGGGUUGCCGAGGGUUGCCGGUAUGAUCCUUUGUAUUGUUGUUUGCGCGCGCGCGCGCGUGCGUACCUUUGAAUAUGUACGAGUAUAUAUUUAUCGGCUGAAGAAAAAAAGGCCCCGGACCGGCAUGUCUACUGCGCCAGCAUGCUUAGUGUACAUAAUACGAUGAUAAGGUAUGAAGAUGCGUUAGUUCAUAGGCUCCUAUUAUACACAACGAAACGUACGAGAAACACACACACACACACACACACACACACACACACACACACAUAGAGAACAUUCACGUACUGAUGUUAAGGUGGGGCAAGACGACACGCGACAGGAAGCUAUGACAAGAUGUAAAAAAAAUAAUGAAAAACUUGAAUAAAAAAUUAAACAAACGAAACUCGUCAUUGCUAUGAUGCGGUAUUUUAUACGUACAUGUACAGGUCUAGGAAUUAAAGAUAAAUAAUACAAAAGUCAAACUACACUAAGAUUUGAAUGAAUGAAUAAGUGCAAGAAAUUUAAAAAAAAAAACUGACGGAAGAAAGAAAACUGAGGAACGUGUGUUGCUGCUUGUAGUUUGCAGAUGAGUUGAUACAAGGAUAAAUUUAAGUUCAGUCGAGAUGACGAGACGACUAAUUCGAUCGAGUCGAAUAACCGAGUUUGUUUUUUUGAAAAAAAAAAAAAAAAAAGUUUUCUCGUUCUUUUUAUCUGUCGUUGAUGAAAAAAGCUUUGCGAUGUUCAUUGUAUUUUUGCACUUUGUAAGUUUGCACUGUACAUUUUAACGAGUCACCGAGAAAAGGAUUUUUUUUUUUUUUUUUUUUUUUUUUUUCAAUGAUUUGCGUUCGGCUGCGCCGGAAUACCUGUGCGAGGUGACAUUGAACGUUUUCCGUCUUGUCCCACCCGACCCUCACUACACUUAUUAUGCACACGUUAAAAAUAUCUGAAAGUAAAAUGGAGAACAGAAAGGAACAUGAAUAAUAUUGUGGAUCGAAUAAAAGUGUAUAGAUAGACGCGAGAUGAAACGAAGAAUAACGAAAUAAGAUUUCUUAACGAAAAGCGAUUAAUGUCACGAGACUGCUCCCUUCGUAAUUUUCCGGUGUUACAGUUCGAAAUUUACUAAAGGACUUUAAAAGGAAUGCAAGAAUGAAAACCAAUGUGAUUGGAAACGAAGCUAGAGGCUCUUCGAAAAGCCACUCUGUUAUUAUUAUGUCCUAAAUCCACCGUGCAAUUUCUUCUUAGUUAACGUACUUUCUAUAUGUAUAUCGAUUGAUAUUAUUCACGAGGGAUAACAAACAUUCGAAUAAACGGAGGCCAAAGAACGUUGAUUGGACAGGGCUCGAUACUACCCCUGACUACACCAACCAUUCCAACGUAUAGUAAAUACUCUGUGUCAAAACAAUAGAUUUAUUAAGUAAAAUUAUAAUAAAUUGUACUUAAGUGUAUAUUCAUCUCA